AUGUUUACCACUCAAUCGAUUUUGACUUGGCAGGAUGAGGACCAUCUGUCUUUUCCCGUUAUUAAUAAGAAUCAUCGACGUUUGAAAAGAUCCGCUUUUCACUCAUUUUACUCUGUCAGUCUGGUAUCAUGCAGUCUGAGGUGCCAAAGCCAUCAUCGGUGCUUUUCUUCGAAUUAUCGUGAUGCGUCUGAUCACGGCGGAAUUUGCGAGAUGAACGAGGGUGGAGCAGAACCGCCCAUUGAAGAAAAUGAAGACCUGGAAUAUGACAAAAAUUCAGUUUACACUCAUUUUCGUAACAAGAAGGUAGGUCUGAAGACUAUUUCUGUUUUCAAAGAAAAAUACCCAUCUAUGCCUUUGUCUUAGAAGCAUUAAGGAAUUUUUUUGACUAAACUGACGUGUAAAACGAAGUAUUUCGAUCAACGCAAUUGCUUCAAUAAAUUCCCUUAUCAUCUAGCCUACAACUGAAUUUAUCACUAGUAACAGACCCACAGUGCUUAAUUGCAUAUACGUCAAAAUGUCCAAAACUGUUUCCUCGCGUUUAUGUUUUAUAAAGAGCAAAGCAAAUAAUUGGUCAUAUAAAAAUGCUCGCGUAAUAUAACCACAUGUCAAGUGAAUGUUUUUUAAAUAAAAAAUGAAAUUCUUGAUCCUUGGCCGAUCUAGUCCGGCAAGCCAUGCGUCGUUUUGACGCUAUUCAAAGAAGAUCAGAGUGUCUUUGUGGCACCUUAUUGAUAAACUAUGGACGAGUAGAGCUAGAGUUAAUUGUAAAACAUGGGAAGUAGCGUUUUAAGACCGAGGACUCGGGCAGCACACUUUUUUGUAUAUUUCUUAGCCGUUGUUGAACAACUGCGACAUGAAACUUCCUAAUUUCACGAGCCCGCUUUAUGGAGUAGGCGAACACAACACAAAACGUUUCCUAUUUUUUUUCUAAACUUAGAUACGGUCUUUCGGACUCAAACAAUUUCACCUAAAUUUGACAAAUUAAAUGAAUUCAAAUAACAUCGAUGAAGUUUGAAACAGUGGGAAUUCACUUUUUAAGUGACGUUUUCGGUUUGUUGUCAUCGGGAAAUUUUGCCACCAUGGCAAUGUGAUAUAGCGACUUCUCCGUCUCUAAGAGAUCCCUUUAAAGGCACCCUGUUAAUUUUUUUUUCUCUUUCUGAAGUACGGCUGCCAGCUGACCGGCUGUUUGAAUGGAGGCUCAUGUAUUUUUUCGGAAGUUUCAAAAACCUUUCGCUGCGUUUGCAAAGGACCAUGGAUUGGCGAAUAUUGUAAAGGUAUUUACCCAGCUAUCUGUACAGUUGACUAGCAUAAGAAUGAGUGCAAUAAUUUACGUGAUCAUAAUUAAUCAAAUGCGUAGCUCCUAGCUAAGCUCCUCCUAUGAUAUCUCAGUUCCAAGGUAUAAAGCAUAGCUCGAAUCCUUACUCUGAUCCUGAAUUGAGUAGGCAGUUUAGGAACUCACAAACGGUAGGGCUAUUGCCUGAAGUGACCAUGGCUAAGAAAUUAAAGUGGGUAUCAGUACAAAGGGCCGCCUAGUUUCAAGUUAAGACGCCACAAAAAAGGGAAACAGGAUGCGGAAAAUAUCGCGAAAGGUUCCCAAGAACUCAAAUAAAAAUAAUUAUAGUGAUGCUAAUGAUGAUAAUGAUGAUGAUGAUGAUGAUGGCAAUGACGAUGGUGAUGGUGAUGAUAAACUUCCAAUCUGUCUUAUAGUGAAUCACUGUUCGGGAAGUCCAUGUGCCAAUGGAGGCUCGUGCAGCAAUCUUGUUGACGGCUACAAGUGCAGCUGUAUUAAAGGACGAUUUACUGGCAAACUUUGUGAACAAGGCGAGACUACAACCUACUUAGUUUAGCAAUAAAGUUAACUCUCUCCAAGACGGACGCCUUUGAGACCUGCCCCAUGUCUUCAUAUAGAGAGAUGUCCGUCUUAUAGAGACUUGUAAAAAAUAGAGACCUGUAAAAAGGACCACUGAAAGGGAGGGACCACCUCUAGGCGUCCGUUUUAGCGAAGUGUACGUCUUGAUAGAGCGUAUUCACAUGACGUCACGGCGGCCAUAUUGGUGUACCAAAACGAUGAAACAGCGGCCAUGUUGGUGUGCCUUCACAACCCUGUGGGAAUUGAACUCUUUUCUUAUGUAAAAACUUUCUUUUGUUCGUGCAAAUUAGCAUAGAUGCUGGCCCCGUGAGUGAAUACGCGCUAUAGAGGUGACCGUUGGCGUAAAGAGAGGUUGACUGUAUAUACCGCUAACAACUUCUGGUUGUUUUUGUUUCAUUGUUGUUGUUGUUGUUGCUGUUUAUGACAGGGCUCAAAUCUCCUUUUAAUUCAUAACAGGCAGUUUGAGCCCUUAAAUGCGUAAAGGAAAGAUUUAACGACAGUUUAAAAAUUUCAGAAUUUACAAGGACUUGUAUGGAAAACCACUCAAGCGUGAGUGGGUGGCAAGAGUUGUUUUUCUCAUACAAAUCCUUGCGAUAUACAGUUUAAAAUUUACAGGUUUCCUAAUUUUAAUAUGCUCUUUCAGCUCGUGCUAACAAAAUUUUUCAAAGGCGAACUAUUUUCAAAGUUAACAAAAUUAAUAGAUGCAAGUCAGAUUGAUGUGUUCGACCUGUUGAUUAAGGUCAGGCUUUUCCAAAUUAAUGUACAUAGACUCCUGACGCUUAACCUAUUAUGGGAAAGGCCUGACCCCAAUCAACAGAUCGAACUAUUUUCGCUUUUACCGAAAGUUGGUCACGUGAUUAACUAACGCAAAAGGCCUAUUAGCGCACGAAAAGCAAAACAUCUUAACGUCACAACCUGUUUACACACUCUCAUGCAAACACACCUCUCGGUCAAUCAGAGCGCGCGUACUAUCUUAGUUAUUUUAUGAAAUGUCGUCAUGGUUAUAAUGUUUGUAGUCACAUAUUUUGCUUGUUCUCUUAGCUUGCCUAGUCCCCCUCGGUAUGCAAAGUGGAGCCAUUUUGGACUCCCAGAUUAGGGCUUCAUCAGAAUGGGACAUCAAUCUUCCCGCCCAGCAGGCCAGGUUACACUUCGUAAAAACCGAUCAUGGUGCCUGGUCAGCUAGGUCAAACGACAUACACCAGUGGCUACAGGUCGAUCUUUUAAAUACGACUCGAGUGUCAGGAGUAGCAACUCAAGGACGGAACGGAUGCUCUUGCAAUCAAUGGGUCACAAAGUACAAGUUGAAGUACAGUGAGGGUGGACAGGCGUUUAUGUUCUAUAGGAGAAGCGGAGAUAAUUCAGACAAGGUGGGAAACAAUUAG